UUUCGGCCCGCAUUACUUGCGAAGAUGCUGAGUUUCAGCGGCAUCCCGCCGCGGACCAGUUCGGGGAAGACUUCAGACGAGCAGCUCUUCCAUGCAGUAGAUGAAGCCCUCCAUGAAGUUCGCAGGCUCCACGGGUCCAUUUCGUGGGUGUUUGUCGGGUUUCCUGCAGCCACGGCGAAUGGACAUGACACCGCGCUCGCAGUGCUAAAGCAAGGUACUGGACCCGUGUCGGACGAGAGAAAUUGGCCGCAGGUGCUCUUCGAUUCCAGCUCGCUUUGCUACGGUCUAUGUCGCCUGGAGGCAGACGACGCCAGCCCCACGUCGCCGCGCACCCCGCGUACGCCAAAGACAUCGACAUCGAAUAUGUUCUCGUUCAACCUGACGCCGUAUGUCGUGUCGUUGUGCUGGAAGGGCAACACACUUCCAUUUGCAUUGCGAACCAAGCACACGGAGUACCACAAGAGAAUACAAGAGCAUCUGGCUGGCAUGGCCCACAUCCACCUCAAGAGUUCCGACGACCUCAGCGAUGAAAGCAUGAAGCUCCACUGCCCCUUCACGAAGCGACGUAGCGUCAGCAAACGCUAUGGACCGGCGGUCAAGUCGGUGGAAAUCUCCCCCGAAGUGCAGCAAGCGUACAGCGACAUCCGCAAGGACACCAUGCCGUUCAAUUGGAUGGUCACUGGUUUCGAACAGACGAUCGAGGACGAACCGACGAAGCUGAUUCUGCUGGAAACUGGCAUGGGCGGGUACAAUGCACUGAGCAGUCUAGGCGGCAUCAACUCGAUCAUUCAAUCAGGCGGAGGCGUCAAGUACAUCUACCUCCGCAUCGACGUGCCGCUGCAACAAGGUCCCGUGAGCAAGUACAUCCUAGUGACGUUCCAUCACAUGGCGGCGUCGCCGCCUCUCCGCGAAGACGACGACAGCAACCCCAUCACGUCGCCGUCGUCGUUCGCACCCGAGUCCAAAAUCGUGUCGGCCACCAACGCGUACUCGUUUGCGUCGGAAAUCUACAAGUUCUUUCCCCACCAUAUCCAUUUCUUUGCGUCGAGCACGGCCGACAUUUCCGAAGAUGUGGUCCGCGACCGCGUACGACGGUCCGUCGACUCGGACCGGCUCUUUCUUCGAGUGGUGUGCAUCUUGCCGACGGGGGAAGCGCAGCCGGCAAUCUGCAUCGAAACCCCUCGGGAAGCGACGCUGGACGAGCUAAAGCACACGAUCGAAGCGGUCGUGGGGCUGCCGACCCAUCGCCAGCGCCUCGUGUGGUUUCACGCCAAGGAUGACGGCGACAAGAACGUGUUUCACGAAAGCCAGAGCAUGUCGCAGGCCACGCCGCUCGUACUCAACGGGGCGCGGUUGCAGCAAGACAUUGGGCUCACCCACGGUGACAAGAUCCACAUGGACGACAUGAACUCGGGCCCGGAUUCGAUUUUGGCCAAGUUGGUUGAACAGUUGAAUGCUGGGUCGGAAGUGAUGAGUUUGCCCGCCGAGCGGCGCCACGAAGUCGAGUACAACGUGCAGGCGCGGGAGAAGGAGCUCAAGAGCCACAUGAGCGCGACCGCCGACUUGAUCGCGCAGUCAUCUGACCCGACCAACGUCAAGACCAAGGCACUUCAGGUGCACGCGGAGAAGCUGGGUAGCCAGCAGCGGUACCUGGACAUUCCGUACGAAAGCAUCCGACUGCUGGAAGGCAAGGAGAACGAACUCGGGUGCGGCAAGUGCGCCACCGUGUACCGGGGCAUGUGGAUUGUCGACCACAACAAAGUGGCCGAGGUGGCAGUAAAAGUGUUUCGAUAUGCGCGACUGACAGACAAGAUCAUGGAUGACUACACCCAGGAAGUGGCCAUGCUACGGCAGCUCAAACAUCCCAACAUCGUGCUCUUCAUCGGCGCGUGCAUCCAGCCCAAGCUCAUGAUCCUCACAGAGUACUGCGCGCGACGGAGUCUCUACUGUGUGAUCCACACCCACGCCAUGUUUGCAACCAUGCCGUGGAAGGUGUGCGACAGAGUUCUAACUUACGCUGUCUCAUACAUAUGCGGCGUGGUGUGUGUAGUACAAGGUCCGGAUGAUGCUGGACGCGGCGCGGGGCGUCGCCUACCUCCAUUCCGUGCGCAUCAUCCAUCGAGACAUCAAGUCGCACAACCUCCUCGUGGACGACGACUGGCGCGUCAAGGUAGCCGACUUUGGCAUCAGCAAAGUGCUAGAUGUGGACUCGCAAGCGUUUACACAGUGCGGCACGAGCGGCUGGGUGGCGCCAGAGGUACUGCUGGACGAAGACGUUGGGUACACGUUCAAGGCAGACAAUUGGAGGUGUGUACGAGUAUGCCACUGGCUUGUUACUAGUAUGUGACAGCGAUUGAUUAGCUUUGGGAUCGUGAUGUGGGAAAUGAUCGCUGGGACCGCUGAAAACCCGUUCUUGGGCAUGGCGCCCGUCAAGUUUUACAACCAAGCGUUGAAUGGUGUGCGACCGCUGAUCGCAGACGAUGUCGACCCUGCGUAUGCCUCGCUCGUUCGAGACUGCUGGCACAACGAAGCGGCACUCCGGCCGACGUUCUCCACGAUCGUGGCCAGACUUGAGAAGAUCCUCGUUGACCUAGGAAUGGACACGGGUCCGCCGCCGACGUUCAGUGGCGGCUAUCACUCGUCGUUAUCUUAACCUACUGCAAAAGCAUUUUUGGUCCAUUGGGUGUCCGGAU